CGUCCAAGCGAAACGCGCGCGUACCUUCUCGCCCGAGUCUUCCCGAGUCCCGCCCGAGCUCUCGAAGGGCUCACUCGAGAACCGAGCCCUCGUGUCUUCGUUGCUCGGAAUGCUCAUAGUCGACGCACAAUACUUGACAUAUCGACCUGCAUCGCCGAUUCGAUAAUAAAAUUAUUCCUUAUCAGCUUGCGUGACCGUUGCCAAGAGUCUGCAGGUCGUGACGAGCCAGCCAGUCGGAGCAUGUUUGCCGCGGAGUCACGACGUCUUAUGCGCGGUGGUACCUAGUAUGUGAAAGCUCGGAAAACUCGAGGAAGCCGUGGAAGCUCGCGAAGCCAGUGAACUCGGAGAAUCGAGAUCAGCCGGGGAAAAGCUCGAGGACGGCUUAGCGGCACGGAAUCGAUAGCACGCGACCGUCGCGACGGUCGCCGCCACCGUCGCCGUCCUAACCCUUGUGGCCCUCCUAACACUUCUCUCAGCCUUCCCGGCACUUAUAAAAGCGGCAAGCUUUACGCUUUAUCCUAAAAGAGCUUUCAUCGUAGAGCUCUUUCGGUGCUUCCUUUAUCGCGACACCUUUAUCGCAGCCCGCUGCGACUCCUGGACAAUGUAUUGUGCGCGAAUCGUUUGGCUCUCUCCUCGUGCAGGUUCAAGCUACGAGUGAUCAGGAUCUUGGAGAGAGAUAUCGUCGACAGGCUAAGUCCUAAGUGAACGAAGAGUAGUCUGCUACAUGAAUUUUUCAAACUCAACGUAAAAUCGAAGUGACCUCCCGCGGGAGUAUAGUGCAAAAUCGACAGCCAGUCGUUCGGGACUGUUGACAGUCUUCGAAAAUCCUCGUGGAAGCUGCCGAUUCUACGAAGUGACCAGACGGCGAGGGUGCAUCGGAAUCAUCGACUCUCCGUCGGGAUCGUCGUCGCGCUUGGCUGGACCAGGAAGAGGGAGCUAAGGAAUUUCGAGAAGGUAGUGUUGUCGAAGAAUACGAACUACGCGCGAAAUUCAGUGGCCUUCCUGUGUUUUAAUUUAUGUGAUUAUAAUCGUCGUCCUCGUCGCUGUCGAGGUUGACCUCGUUGCACUGUGCCGUCUUCGGAUCCCCUGUGUGUCUGUGACGUCUGAUCCCUUGUCUCCAAAAAACGAAAAAAAAAGUCAAAUAACCCGUCUCACAAAUUUUGUGUCUCCUUCGUCGCACGUCGCAUGUGACUCAACGCGAGCAACAGCCAAAAGCAGGCUGUGAUGAGGGGAGUGGGAUAAGACUGUGAUCGCGCAGGCGCGCUUGGAGAACCGAAAAAAUGCCACCUGCCCUAAGAGCCAUAUUGGUCCCAAUGCUGCUUCUGAUGAUUGCUACGAGCAGCGGGGCCUUUAAUUCACGGCAAACAGAAUGCACGUUUCCGGUGCGCUGGGAGGGUAGCUGGUUCCAGAGUGGCUUCCAUCAGUCCAUCCGCAUCUCCAGAAGCAAUCUCUCCACUAAGGGAAAAUGUCUGCACAACGAAGGUGACAAGUACCUGGUGGUCGAUGAAGAGAAGUCCUGCUAUCGCUGCGUCGUCAUUCACGAAAAGCACUCCAACGUUCUGCAGUACAAAGAGACCUACUGUCACGGCCGGAAUUCACUCUCCUCAUUGUGCUCAUACAUAACGGGUGACGCGUUACUUUACUCCAUGUUUCGCGAGGAGGCACCAGCCGUCCCCUGUCCGUUUUUGGGUCCCAUGACGUUCUCAUACAACAGAGGUCACGGCACGUGUUCCAGUCCUCAGAGCAACGUUGACACUUGCACCGACGACAGCAGAUUGUUAUUCAGGUACCAGGCCUGUCCUGACGUCCCAGCAUCUGAAAGUGCAGUCGAAGAACUGGAGUGUCUCGCGACCUGGAAAGAGGGCAGCAGCAGGUACCUGGUCGGACGUCUUCAUCAUCGGCAUGCCUCCAGCAACGAGGAUCGGUAUCGUUGUUUUGUUUACGAACGUGCCGGGCAGAGCAUCGGUGCCUUGAACAGAGCAGCCCUGGGUAUUGGCGGACCAAUGGAGCAGGACGUACCACCUCCUGGUGGACCGAUCCCCGAGGGAGCUCAAGAGACCUAUCGAGUAGCACAGAGCGGCGAUGCAACCUGCAACGGACUCUUCAGUCCAAUGGAAGGCUCCAGGACUAUGACACUACGGAAAGCCGCGUCCCCUGGAAAAUGUCGAUUUCCAAGCUGGCUAAGUGGCCACGGUAGCGGGGGCCUCACCUGGCAUACUCUUGACCUCGCGAGGUCAUACACAUUCCAUGCAAAGAACGCCUCGCUCCACGUGACCAGGUCAAACGGCAGCCUCUCCAGGAACGAGAACUCGGCAAUCGAUUUUCAGGAUGUUCCCGGCCAGGACGAGCAGGACGUGAAAAUUCUCUGCAACGGCAUCAAACAGACGAACUCGGGUCAGACUGUUAUUAUGCUUGUGGCCCACUUCACUGUCGGAUGUCGGAGCGGCUUCACGUGCAUGACCUUUUACAGAAGAGACGGUCACGUGAUUGAGGUACAAACCGGAAAGUCUGUUUCCAGACCGGAAGAGGCUUGCAACCCACCUCAUUAUCUACCCCACAGCAUCCCUUAUCUCACCUUAGUCACUAGUUCACCGGAACCUAGGCAGUGUCCGUAUCUGGGUAAAUUCACGGUGACCGGUAUGAACAGAAACCAACGUAACACCAGGGAGAAUCGUCGUAUCAAGGAGAAAGUAAGACACGCUCAGGAUCGAUCGGACGAUCGAUACAAUCGUAAAAUUGAAUUUGAAUUGGAAGCAAGACGAGCUAAUAACGAAUACCUGAUCCGUGAUCAUCGUGGAAGAAAAGCGCGUUCUAGUAAAUCAGCAAGUAGCAGCACCGGGGACAGCAAUAAUUCAGCGCGUGGAGCGUCGUUUGGAAUGGAUCACGAUCAGAGGAAGUCGACUGUCAGAAGACGUAAGCACGUGGAUAACAAGAGGCACGACCCCCUGGAGACGAAUUCAAGAUCGCGAAGAAGUCCUAAGCUCGAGGACUUCCAGGUGGACAUGGAUGACUUUAGUCACGUGAGGCAGUUCUGGGCAUCCAGGUUAGCGGAUGCUGACGCCGGUGGCAGUGCGGUCGACGUGCAGCAGGAAGAUGACUACUUCGGGGAGUACGACGUGGACGAGAUGGUCCCCAAGAAGAGAGCGGAUCAUCACGGCCUGUUUUUAGCUACUUACAGGGACCUUCUGCGCAUAAGGAAACACGUGGACGACGAGGAAGCUCCUACGAAUGACAAUUCGAAUAACUCUGAGGACGACCAGGAGGACGUUGACGAGUAUUUGGAGCGCAGGGAGAAGAGGGAAGAAGAGGACUCCAGAUGCGCGUCUGACGUUACUACGCUCACCGUUGGCUGCUCCACUGCUGAUCGGAUGGAGUUUCAGAGUGACUGCCUCGACGAUGACGAUGCCAUUACCGCAUACUCCUGUCACGGCAGGUGGUUCGAUGCCGAAGGUACGCAAUUUGUGAUCGCCACGCCUCUAGCCCGGAGAACGUCCUGGUCCAAUGAGAACAACAACAACGACAACAACAAUAACAGAGCUCAACCCUUUCGAAACAGCCGAAGAUUAUGUUUCAUGUACAGAGAAAGCGGUGGCGUCGUUAGCCUCACUGCCAGUCCGGUCGCCUGUCAGCGUGGGAUCCCUCCUCCUCCGCCAAUGCUAGCAUUCAAUGCAACCAGCACAGGUCAAUGCUUGGAAGAGAAUGGGGCUUUGGUGCACAGAGCCUCCCACUUCAUAACCUCAUUUCUUCUGGUAAUAACAAUCGCGGUAUUCAGGUGAUUCCCAGCGUAAGUCGAGCGCGUCGAGCAUCUCAAGUAUGACAAAGCUGAAGAAUAGGAGAGAAUAAGAAUAAAAAGGACGAAUGGUAAGGAAGAGGUGAAAAAUAAAUCAAGACGAAAGGAUAGAGGAUGAUAACCUUGUGACGAAGAUCAGGAUUCUUAUCUGCCAGUCUCAGCAGUGUCCUUUCUUCGAAUACUUCUUUCCGAUCACGUGAGCGACAACAGCGCACUCUACAACUCUCUUUUAUCAUUAGCCCUCUGGUUUACCGGGGAAAAUUGACUCGUGACCUCAUCUAUCUGCGUAUCUACGUACCUUGACAUUUGUCUUGCUAACCUCGUUCGUUGACCGACAAGUCCAUGACCACAGACUCAAAAGUAUUAUCCUCCAGCAAUAUCUCUUGUGUUGUACUAAUGUAUUAAGAUACUCAUGGGGAUGUUGAUCAGGAUGGUAAACGGGUAAAUUGACUGCGGGAUGAGUUCGAGUUGACGAGUCAACUUGACGCGGCGUAGCCCUUAGGUUUUUUACCGAUAGGUCCUAGACACUAGAUAGUUAUCGGUUAAAUCUGAGAAAAUAAAUAAUUAUGGUUAGUCCAUAUCAUGAUAGGAGCAUGGAUCGACAAGAUGGCGCGAAUAAUGCCGUCUAUGAUGGAUCAAGGUGACGUCAACUAUGACGAUGACCAUAUUUUUUAUCCCUAUAGAUAUUCGACCUAUGGUCAUCCUCAUGGUUAUCGUGUGAAACGAGCAUCUCGUUUUCAUGUAUAAUUCGAAUAAAGCGAAUGGAGGUGGAAUAUCUUAAGGUAGAACUUAGAUAGAAAUUAUCUCUAAUGAAUGAAUUAAGGAUAACGAUGUCUAGCGAAUGGGUUAAGCUAUUAGGGAAGUGAUUUAACGCAAUAAACCUACUGUUUAAUAGGAUUAUUUAACGUGUAUCGGCGAGUGGGCUAUGCGGCACCAGAAUUCGGAUAGGAACAGGAACGUUUAUACUGAUAACUAAUGAAUGCGCGGACAUGGAUGACAUAGAAGAUGUAAAAUGGCUGUCGUCGGUUUACGAAGAUGUAAAAUGUAAAUUGCUGUAACUGUGAUUAAUUCUGUUGCGCAGGAUCGUUCCGAGAUCUUCCUCUUCUACUUUACCGCCUCCCCACCCCCCUCACCCCACUCAUUUCGUCUCACGAUCCAUCGUAAAAUUUAAAUUCAAACCGUCUAACCCUAACCUAACCUCACUCAAUGAAACUCCACCCACUCGACCUCCCACUCACUUGUAGUUCCAAUCACGUCACGUUACACGAUACUGCUAUCUACAAAACCUUCUCCCUUCACUUACAGCCCUCCUAAAUUCUGUAGCGCGAUACGAUCGAUCAAAACUUCAUUUUUUUUUCUCAACAACGAGGAAAAACGAGAAUUCGACGGGAGCCAUCGGAAAGUAAUCGAUCUCGAGAGUUCGAAUAACCAACACGGAUUUUAUUUUCGCUCACGAUUUUUCGUUUUUACUUUCGUUUCCCUUAGGACAACCUAAUGAUGGUUGGAGGGUACGAGGUUAAAGACAAGAGGGAUGAAUUGGUGAUUAACGGUCGAUGGGUAGAUCAGGAGAGGACCGAGUAUCAGAGAGGAUUUUCCAGUCGAAUUUUCGGUAGCCUUUCACACUGCAAUUCACUAUAAGCAAUAAGCAAUAAACAGACACGACGAAUUAUCGGACGGUGUUAUGUUUAAAGCGAACGAGAUAUUAAUCCAGAGAUACUCUAUUAUUCAUUAUCUAUUGAUUGAAUUAUUGAAAAAAGGGGUACGACGAUAUUAUUGUAACUUAUACAGAGUCUAUAUUGUAUUAUUGUACAACCAUCUUUAUAAUAUGUAAUUAACCCAAACCGAGUGAAGAGAGAGAAAGAGAAAGAUUUAGAAAAAGAGAACAAACCAAUCGCUAUUUUACCAUUUUUCGAAUGAAGAGCACGCCGUAGCGUACCUAGCUUGUAUUUAUUUCGUUUUAGGCUGAUUAGAGCGUCGCGAAGUUGGUGACGGAUUUGGAGGUCAUUGACAUGUUCAGGAUGGAUACAAAAAAAAAUAUUUAAAUAAAGUCAUCCUCCACGUUCGACUCUUACUUCAGCAAUGAAUGCGUGUAAAUGCAAGCGAGAAAGAUGGGAAAAGAAUAAUCUGGUAUGAGAGAAUGUUACAAAAUGAAAGAGAAGAGCAAGUAUGGGAGUGAGUCUGUUUGUCAUUUUUUUUUGUUCAUCUGAAAUUUGUACGCACAAAUCGUUAGCAAUUGUGAGAGAUGUUUAAUUUAACAUGACAGUAGAUUUAACGUAGGUACUAGCCAAUUAGCACCUUAAAAUUAGAUCGUACUGUACCUAAGCUACAUACACUUAGCAUACUUACUUGAAGUAAGCAUAAGAUCUCUAGUUAUAGGGUAAGCUCAUUGUGACAGCAAUCAGAUGGAGCCCCGUGGUCUAAAUUUCAAUAUGCCAAUACUGCUCGUAAUUAAUAUACAUGAUAAAGUUUUUCUUUCGGAGCUCAUGUUCUGACUCGUGUUAGAUAUUAUAGAAACAAGACAUUGACACACACAUGAAUUUAUAUUCUUUGCGAUUUCCAAGUAUAAAAAGAUAAUAUAUAAUAGCACGUAGACAAUGGAUAAAGGAGAGGAGAGAAUGAUAGGAAGUUGAAUCAACCUCGAACAAACCAGUCAAUCAAUCAAUCAAUCAGUUGGUCGAUCGAGCAAUAAUGCCAGUGAGAUUCCUUGAUGGAGAGAGAGAGAGAGUUUAUAGAGAAUUAUUUUAUUUGAACAAAUCAUAACAAGAGAAGUAUGUAUAAUAUGGUUGAAAGAUUCAAGAAGAAAAAUGAUUAAGUCCCAAAUUUGAGUAAAAAAAAAGAGACAAACUUGUACGAACAAUCUAUGCAUACAUUUCCUGUGGUAAUAAAUAACGUAUAUCCAAUCAAGGGACAAUCAUCCUUGACAAGCAAUUGAAGCUUAGCAAAGAAAUCUUUGGCAAUUUUUACCAAAUGAAUUUUAUCAGAAUUAACCUGCAGACGAAUUUUGAAUAAAAGAUUUUUAACUGAAGUACUACCAAGAGGAAUGACAUUUUUAGCGACGCUCAAUCCGCAAUUAAUCUGGGAAUGAUCGCACGAUUUUGUUUUCCAUUUGAAAAGCAUUGACUUAAAGUGUCUCAGACACCCCACGCGCCUACUCCCUGGUUAAAGGUACAUACGUGCUUUCACGCAUAAUCGUAUAUUAAUAUAAUAUUAUAUACACUCAUAAAUACACAAGAAAAAAAGGUAUUAUACAUACAGUGCACGUUUCUCAUGUCAGAUCACGGGGCAAAGGUGUAUAAAGUGUGUGCGAUGCGCUGGUCGGUUUAACUAUGGAUUCGAACUUUCAUAACUUUGUAAUAGUAUAUAAAACGAAGGGGAUAGAAGCGAACCGGAAGCCAAUGAAUCACUCGAGGCUGAUCGUUCGCAAGCUCAUACUGAGAAUGCAGAAACGAUACUGCCAGGUCGAUAGUAGGAAGUGGAGAAAGUAGGAGGAUAAUAGCCCUGUGCCCUAUCUCACUAUAUCUCUCUAACCCUGUCUGGCCCUUUCUGACCCUAUUCCCAUCACCACCUUAUCAAUUUUCUUUAUCUAUCCUUCUUUCGAUUCAUCUCCCUUUCAUAUUCUCUCUUGCGGAAAAAUACAUCAAUUUCUCGAAUUUCAUUCUCGAGAAAUUGUCGCGAGUUGCAAACGAGGACUCUGUCAUUGCUCGAGAAGGUUUAAGAAAGAGAAGAUAAGAUUUAUUCCGUACGUGUACGGGGCACAGGACCAGAAUCUCUUGUUCCGGCAAGGUUAAUUAAGAAUUUCAUACGCAUGAACGCUACUGCGCAUGCGCAGCCACGACCCGGUACUUCUCGCUCAUAUUCAACUGCCACAUUGGUAUACGAGCAUUUGAAAUGAACGAGAUAUCGAUAAUCGUGUUUGUCGAAUUGCGCGCGAGUUAUCGUAUUAAACGCUCAUUUGAAAGAGAAAAAAGUGAAAAGAUAAAGAAAAAUAAUAAAGAGGGAAGGAUCUUUAAUAGUCUCCCGAGUGAAUGGCAAAAAGCAAUAGAGUAUGUAUGCGUGAGUAGUAUGUUUGCGUGCGCGUGCAACGUCCUCUGUGCAAACUAAUAAGAGCGAAUGACUGAUCAAAUGAUUUAACGAUUGAAUUAUUGACGGACUGACUAAACGAUUGGCUUAACCUGGCCGAGUGAGUGAAUUGUGAUUGAACGGAUUGGGAUGAAAGAGACGAUGACGUCGAGUGACAAACGUAAGUGUGUAAGCUACCUGUGCCUUGUAACAAACUACAUAUAUAUACAUAUAUAUGUAUAUACAUAAACUCAUCACGAUAACCUAUAAAA